AUUGCAGCUUUCCUCGUCACACAGAUAGUUGUGAUUGCUGCUGGGGGAAGAGAGCGGUUGGGUACUGUUACCUUCUCAGCACAAUUAUGCAUGUUUAAGCCAUGUAAGAAGCUCUGUAAUGUCAAAAGAACAGGAUAAAGAUACCUUCUCGCUCAAAAGAAACCGAGGUAGAGCUGGUGGGCUUGAUGAUCUAGGAGGGCUGGGUGUUCUGCUGGAUAGCUCAGACAAGAAAAAGUGCAAGUCGAACGCACAGGCUCCCUCCUUCGCUCCCCUAUCUGAGUAUGCUCCACCACCAAACCAAAGUGCCGACCACCUAGUGGCUACCAAUCCUUUUGAUGACAACUACAACACACCAUCUUUCAAGCCUCUGUCCUCUGGGAACCCAUAUUUUGGCCACCCGCACUACCCUGGCUGCAGUGGCUAUGGCCUGCCCAGGAUGGACCACCUCAUGCCAAAUAGGAUGCCAUCUUCUUACAGGGGUCCCUACCAGAUACGAAACCAGCUCCACCCUUUUGCCCAGACUCAAAUGGGAAUGGGGUUCAAUCGACCCCCUGACUUUAACUAUGGUUACCAUGAAAAUCCCAAUUACGGUAACCAUCCACCAUUAAGCAACAACAACAGUAACAUGCCACUUCCACCCAAUCAGCCUUUUAGACCAGGUCCCCAUGACAACUUGAAUCAGGUGCAUCUGCAUAAUGUGACCCAAAGCACUUCUCCUGACAUGGGCCCGAGCUUUAGAUCAGCAGUCAAUCCAAUUGGGAAUCCACCUCCCCAACCCGGCAUGGACCCUAUUCCUGGUUUUACUCGGCAGCAGCAAAACAACAGAUUUACCCAGUCCAAUACACCUCCACCUAAACAGGACAUGAGUGAGGUGGUGUCAAGCAAAAGUACAUCCCAGAACACAUCUCCACAGAAACAAAGCCAUGGCUCAGAGGAGAUCAUGGGUCAGAAAAACUCUGUCGACCUGAAAUCAAAAAAUAGAGCCGCCCUGGUCUGUCAGGGUGCAGGUCAGCCUAACACCACAGAGAAAAUCAACGGCAUCAUCCACCCCAAUAAUGAUUCUCUGAAGAAGUCCCCACAGUCAGGCAGGCACAUGGAGGCAGCCCCCCUGGAGAGGAGUAGAAGCAAUGGAGGUGGUGGUGUGGCCAUCAAUAAGACACUGAUGCAUCCCAACAGGCCUAGCCACUCCUCCAUGGAGCCUGUGUUUCCAUGUGGAGUAUGCCUGAAUGAAGUGAAUGAUGACCAGGAAGCUAUCCUGUGUGAGGCCUCAUGUCAAAAAUGGUUCCACAGGGUUUGUACUGGAAUGACUGAGACAGCUUAUAACCUGUUGACAGCAGAGAUGUCGGCAGUGUGGGGCUGUGACAUCUGCAUGGAGGAGAAAGGGGCGCAGCUCCAUAGAACAAAGGAGGUAACAGGGCAGCAGCCAACAGUUAACAGCGAGUGAUAUGGUCAUGAAUAUGGUCUGUCAGUAAAAUUAUUCUAUCUUACACUGGUCAUUUUCUUUGGUAUGCUUCCUUUGUAGGUGAUUUUUCCUUACGUUUUUACAUAGGGUUUACAAAGGUUUACAUUUUUACCAUUUUGUUGUUUUAUUUGACAUUUGGUAUAAUUUGGAUAGCAGUUUCUGUCCCGUGCUUAGACCGAUGCAAAAGCUAGACUGAAGUUCUGUUUAAUGUCAUAUCUAUUCCCUAUUAUUGGGCAGGUACCAUUGGCCAUGUUGACCACAAUAAUGUCAUUUUCUUAACGAGGUCCUUACUGUUCCUCUCAACUUUCCUGGCCUAUAGUUUAUUUAAGUUAUUACAACAUCAGUAUGAGUAAGCUAUCUGGAAAGGUUAACUGAUUGACGGAUGCAAACAUAUUCAACGUUUUAAUCAGAUAUGUUUUGCAACUGCUGUUAUAGUUUGACAGAUUUUGAGCAGUAUGAUUGUUUCCCAAAAAGUUGAUAGUCACAGCUGGAAUGGUGUUCUAAAGCCAUACACCUGUACUGUAUGCUAUACAACCAGAAUUGGAUCUGAUACAUUUUUUAGAAAUGAUUUGAUACAUGUGGUCAUUCCACAAAUGUUAUGCCUUUUGAGAUGUAUAACUUCGUGAGAAAAAAAAUGUUUGACAGUAACAGGGUUGAAGAUGUCAUCUUAAAAUCAGCCAUAAAUCCCCUCGUGACAGGGGAAAUGGAUGUUGUGUGUGCAACAGUGAGGGGCAAUUGAAUGCAAGCUUUAAAAAAAGUAGAAAUGUUCAAACAUUUUUAGCCUGUCUAAUCUAUCUAUGGGUAACAGGGUUGACGUGUUAUGCUCGACCCACUCAGUUUUCCACCACAAAACACCAGACAAUGGUUAAAAAGAGUAGAACCAGCUCACCUGCUUUUACACUAGGAUUUGGCUAUUAGAUGUUCAAUGUUUAUUUUGUUUUAAAAAAAAUCCCAAGGAAUCGUUUCACAAUAUUAGAACAAAAGUUCAGUUCACGUAACAGGGUUGACCUUAAAAUGAGGGCCAGGUUUUUUUUUUACUUUAAAAUUAAUCACCAAUCACAUUAAAUAAAUAAUCUUCAGAAAUGACUUUGUCAAAGCAACAAAAUAACUAGGGGUUUACAACUUGGAUAAAUCUUAGGGUCAGAGAGUGCACGGAGGAACAUGUCAACAUUUUGGCACUUUAGCAAGUCUUUAUUCAUAUUAAAAAUCGGAUUUGUUGAAUUCUCCAUGUGGUUUAUAUUAAAGGGCACUUUGAAUAUAACAGGCUUUUAAAAUUCAAUAUUGGUGCACAAUUUCGAAUGAAAAUAUCAAAGGGACGCAAAAGGCACUAAUUUCGUGGAACGAUCCAUGUGUGUUUUUCAAACUGUUGAUAUUGAAUGUAUUUAGAGCCUUAAUGAAUUUUGUUUGUAAAACAUUAUGCAGAUUAAGCUAAUUAAAAUGAACCUAUUAUAUAAAAGACAUGUUAUACUCUAAAAAUAUGUUUUUAGUAUGUGUGCACUUUGCUUUGCUCUAAUUGUAUUAUUUUUGCGCCAACAUGAUGCAUUUAAAUCAACAUUUCUUUAUAUUUUGUUUUCAUUUUAGGAAAGGUAAAAUAAUAUGAUAAUUAGUAAUAAGAGACAUGCCUACUGUAUAAAGGGAAAAUAACCUUGGUUCAAAAUAAAACUUCUUUGUCAAAUUAUAGUUUCAAGCAUGGCUUCCAUUUUUGCUAGUUUAAAGUAAACUAAAUAUAUUUUUUAAUUGUUUGCUUUUCUCAUGUAGAUUUGUCUUACUGUUUGGAGAACUUUUCAUUAAGUUCAAUAUUGCAAUAUUUUGGUGAUUCAACUAUUUUCCAAAUUUCUAAACAAAUUUAUCCCGCCUACUUUCUAUGGGAGCACAUUGCUCAAGUUAGGCUUCGGCCCAUCAGACAUAAAUAUUCGUAGUUGAUAUUGUUCAGAAAUUUGUUUUCAUAUUAUCAGUCAUAAAAAAAAUAUUUUUUUAAAUCUUCUAUAAAACAAAUCAAAACUAUUGAUCAAAACUACUCAACAACUUUUUAAAACUACUCAAUGUGGCAUUGUGAAUGUAUACAGUACUGUGCUCAAUUUUGUAUAAUGUAAUUGUAUCAAUGUUUGCUUCCUUUUUGAACUGGUAUGAACAAGCAGUUAAUAUUUACUGUUGAUUCAGUGCUAACAUCAGGAUCAACAGCCUUACAAGUGUUUUGAUACAUCAUCACUUCCAGAUAUUUUGCUUAAUAUAUCAAGUGAAAAAACUGCAUUUGUAUGUUGUUGACUGUUAAUUUAUUAGCCAUUUGUGAUGUAGCUGAAUAUUGUGUGAUCAAAAUAUUGAUAAUGUUUAUAGGAAUAAUAUAUUAUUACCCCAUUCCUAAUGACUUGAUAAUGGUUUUGAAUCCAGUUUUAUUCGAUUUAAGACAAAAAUGGUCAUGUAUCAAAAUGUUAUUUCAUUUCAGAAGCACAGUGCAGUUAGCUUGAUUUAAGUUAAUUUUUUCAUACUAGAUGAUGGACAGCAGAUGCCUUAUUUUCUUGACAGUUUAAAAUGUUGAUUAUUAGUAAAUGUAAUGUAUGAAUAACCUGUAUGCUCAUUAUACAUGCACAUGAACUAUUUGUACUUUUCCUACAUCGAUUGGCCACCAAAAAGGAUAGAAUUUUCAGAUGAGCACCUUAUUAUAUUACCUUUAGGAUAUUGAAUGUACCGGUACAUGAUAUCAAAUGUUAAUUUCACUCAUAGUUACAACAAUGUUAUUGUGGUUUUAUGAAAAUUAUGCAGAGGUAUAUAAAAAAAAAAAAUGUCAAACAGGACUCAAUUGUGAGGUCUGGUAGUAGAUUAGAUAUGUGCCUCUGUAGCAUGAACAAUUUGGUUUAAUUUCUUCAAUGACCCAUAGCUUAAUUUGUUUUGUAUUCUGUUCCUUACAAUGAAUGUGUGCAGUAAUAGUACAGAUUCCACAAACUUUUUUUCUAAAUUGACAAACAUUUUAUUGUAUAACUUAUUUUAAUAAAAAACAACUUUGAAA